AUGUCUACCACCACCACCACCACCACACCCCGCACCCUCCUCUCCCUACCCUCCGAGCUCGUCGAGCAAAUCCUCGACAACGUGCCCCCCUCCACCCUCCCUGCAGUCCGUCAAACCUGCAAGACCCUCGCCUCGCUGUCCGCCACCUCCUUCGGCAGCAAAGUCUUGGCUCAGGUCUCUGUCGUGAUGGCCAGGGAGGCACUGGAGGGCGUGAUCUCGUUGCUCUCGCACGAGGUCUUCGGCACCUUUGUGCAGAGACUCGUCUUUUCCACCGCUAGAGUGGAAGAGAGGGUUACGUUGCUCAUGGCGCGGAUCAGGGAGAGGGGGUUCAACAGACGGGAGGCCAGGGAGUGUUUAGAGGGAUACGAUGCUGCUGCUGUGGAGCAGUUGAGGAUCAUCCAAUCUGGUGCUGCUGCUGCUCUGUUGAGCGAGAUUUUCGGUAUCUUGCAGGCAAGGGGCCAGGAGGUGGAGAUUGGGGUGUACGACUCCCCUGGCGGAUAUGGGUUUGCUGCUGCCUUUGGCGGUUUGGCAUUGGGUGUUUGGUAUUACCGCCCCGGCAGCACCAUGCAGAUGCUGCUCGCAGCCAGCAUGAGCGCCCGCCUCCCGCCCAACAACAUCGCCAUCGAGCUGGAGGAUUGGAACACCGGCAGCAAUGGCGACAACUUGCGCUUCGCAGCACUGGUGUCAAGACUCGCAACCGCUGGUCUCCAGGGCAGGAUCAACGGCGGCCUACGCCUUUCCCUGGUCAUCGGUGGCAAGCAAUUGGUUAUGAACACCAAUACCCACAGCAUCACCCUCUACACUUCCCCCUCCGCCCACGCCAAACAGCUGUUCGAAAACUACACCCUCGGCUUCCUCAUCCGUCAUCUUUUUCUCCCCGGCGUCCACCGUUUCAGCCUCUGCAACCUCAAGAUCACCUGGGAUGACCUAAACGCCCUCAUGGCAAUCCGCGGCAACAAUAUCGCCGAUCUCGAGAUCAGCCAUGUGGAAAUCAUCCACGAUGUGGUGCAAAAGCCACUGCUUCCCGAGCUGUUGAAGCAAUAUCUGCCAUUCGAGAAGGUGCUGCUUGAGGAUAUCGGGUGCGGUGUUGCUGUGCCUGAGAUGGAGUAUGAUGCCGAUGAUGAUGCCGAUGACGAAGAAGACAUUAUCGCCCCACCCAAUACUCCCGACCAAGAUUUCAUCGCCGAAGACCCUGACGACGACAUCCCGAUUCCCGCCGCCAACCUCCUUGUCUCAGGCAAACACGAAUUCACCGGCAGACCUGCCGUUCUCGCCGGUUUGGACGACAUGAUCGCAGCAAGAGUGCAAGCAGAGAAGGAAGAUGACGAGAGAUUGCUGGCCAGUCUGGCUUUGCAAUUGGCGUUGCAGAUCUACGAUGCGGAGGACUGAGACGCCUCGAAUAAAGGGUACAAAAGAAGAGAAAGAGAUUGCUAGAGCUGGUCUAGGGCGCCAUCGAGGAUGUGGGUGGGACGGGACGUUCGAGAUGGAAGACCUCGGGUGCUCUGGAUGAGUGGAUGCUUUGGGCGAGAGAGAUAUGAAUAGGAAACGCCAUGGAUGGGAAGAGCGGCUGCAAGCAUGAGGAUGGCAUGAUAUCACAGACGACAAGAAGAACAAGACAUGAGACGGCGGACAUACAGCAAUACAACAGAACGACUGAGCGGCAAGAUCAUACGGGCCGAAUAAACACAGAGACAGGUUCAGAAUGAGACAGCAGAGACGGAUUCAGAAUGACAACGUUAAUAGCAUUGCAGAAGUUAAUAAUCAAAAGAACCAGAGGGC